GUAACAAUAAUCUGAAGGAAUUUCCUUACUAUAUAUAUAUAUAUAUAUAUAUAUAUAUAUAUAUAUAUAUAUAUAUAUAUAUAUAUAUAUAUAUAUACUCACCCAUCACUUUGCUUGCUUGCUCUAUGCCAAUGGAUUGCUCCAAUACACAUCUGAUGAAAGGUACAACCAGUGGAGGCUCUGAAGAUGGAGAAUCAUCAAACAGCUGCACUCGUCCCAAUCGCUUCCUCGAACUUCCCGAGGAUGUGAUUCGCGACAUCCUUCGUAGAUUGGGUGUUGAAGAAAUUCUGGUAAAUGCACAACGGGUGUGUUCUUCCUGGCGAAAAAUGUGCAAAGACGACCCUUCCAUGUGGCGUUUUAUUGAUAUGAAACGUCUGGGUGGGGAGGACGAAUGCCUCGAAGUCAUGUGUGCCGAGGCAGUAGAUCGCAGCCAAGGACAACUAACUGAAAUCCACAUUGAUCAUUUCGCUACAGACAAAUUGCUCGACUACAUCUCCGAAAGCACCCCUUUGGUCAGAUGACGCAAAGCUCACCACUGCCCACUGCAAAGCUCACCAAGCACAACUACAAAGUUCACCAAACUGUAAGGCAAAGCUCACCAUAUUUUUUUCAACACUUUGAUUUUUUUUUUUGAAAAAAUAAAAUCAAAGGAAGGGG